UCUUAUUUUUUCACAAACUGCAAACUGAAUCGAAUCCGUUGAAAAAGCCAUUGAAAGCCAAAUAGCAUUACUUUUGUCAAUCAACCUUUACCAAAAUUCAAGUUUUGCUUACUGCAAAGCAGACGUAUUGAAUGCAAUUAGCAGGAAGAUGAAGCUGUAAUGGUGCAAUUUAGACAGUCAAAUUUCUCGGCUUCAGCUGUUCAAACGAGUAAAAUCUGUCUCUGUCUCUGUCUCUGUCUCUAUCAAACGUCAUAAUUUUUUAGAUUCGUUCAAGAGAAAGAAUCUUACUUGGAAACCUUCCAUUUUUGUAGUCUUGUAAAUUUUUAUUUCUUUAACCCCACAUCAAUAAAAAAUUCAGAGGACAAUAAGUUUCUCAUUCUUGCAGCUGACAAGCAUUCAAUUAUCAAUUCAUUCGCAUUGCCAUUUCGUGCAAAGAAUCUUCAAACUCCAAAGCUCUCAUUAGUUGAUACCUUUUCAUAAAUUCAUCGCAAAUCUUGUGAGUUUUGAUCUUCUGGAGGAUCUGAUCCAAAUUGAAUUAGGCGAUUGGGUUUCUGUUAUUUCUUGAUUGAUCUGGGUUGUAUAGGUUUAGCCUAAAUUUUCUUGAACAAGAAAGAGGUGGAAUUUUUUUUUAGUCUAACGUUGUGCUGCACUUGAUUUGACUCGUGCUUUUACAAGAAAUUAAGGUUAUUUAUAGUUGUAAAACUGUUAAUGGCUGCGGAAGAAUUGGUUGAGCUCAAAUUCAGACUUGAUGAUGGAAGUGAUAUUGGACCAAUCAAAUACAGUUCCAGUACAACUGUGGGAUUUCUCAAAGAAAAGAUAAUUACACAAUGGCCCAAAGAUAUCAUUCGUACUGCAGACAAAGGAAAUGGGCCAAAAUCUAUAGAUGAUUUAAAGCUUAUUAACGCAGGAAUGAUUCUGGAAAAUAACAGAACACUUAGGGAAUCACGAUUGCCACUCACUGAAGUUCCUGGAGGUGUAAUCACUAUGCAUGUCGUCGUGCGUCCUCCUCUUCCUGACAAAAAUACUGAUAAACUCAAAAAUGAUGCCAUGAACAAAUGUGGAUGUUCCUGCUCUAUCUUGUAAGCGACCUAACAAAUUUGUGCUUCCCAAAUGUUCGUGCUGGAUUGAAUUCAGGAAUGUCACACCUGUCAACAGAUUCAAAGCAGGGACGCCAAGUUUACUUGUCCAUCUCCGUUGGCGCACAAGAUCUCGAUAGAUAAAUGAGCAAAAUCUGAAGGAUUUCUUGAGAAUAGAUUACACAUUACUUGUCACUGGUAUAUUUGGCUCUCUUUUGCACGUAUAACAAAAUUCAGAACUUGUAUUAGAUUGUGUUUGGAUGCAUAGCAUACGAAUGAAAGGUCGAAUGUGUUAUAAAAUCAUAAGAAUCGUCAAAAAACAAUUCAAAUUUAUAAAUUUGAAUCUAAUUUCAAGUCCAACAUUCUUAUUUCUAAGACAGGAAAGACAUAUUUAAUCAAUAGAUUAUCCAUACAUAAUUAGUUACAACAAAGAGAAGGGAGAAUACUUGAUGAGGUAAAAGGAUCAAAAGACUGUAAGGU